AUGCUCGCCACCCGCACCGCCCUCCCAAGCCUGGCACGCCAGGUGGCCAGCCGCUCGCACCUCGCACCGGCCCUGGCACGCAACCUCUCCACCACCCCGAACCUCCUCACCAAGCACAACGGCAGCGACCGCAAGCCAGACGCAAAGGACAAGGCGGCAACGGCGGCGACGGCGGCCAAGCUCGACAAGCCGCCCUUUGCGCGCACCGUCGACGAGGUCACCAUCCCUUACCCGGACGACUCGACCCGCCACCCGUCCAAGGACGUCGGUCACAGCACCACGGGAGGCAAGGUGGGUCGGCACACGCAGCGCACCCUCGCCAGCUUCAGCAUGGAGGGCAAGGUGUGCGUCGUCACCGGCGCGGCGCGAGGCCUGGGCAACCUCAUCGCCCGCACCUUUGUCGAGUCCGGCGCCAACCACGUCGCCGUGCUCGACCUCAAGCCCGACGAGUGCAAGCAGGCCGCCGACGACAUCGACGCCUGGUUCACCCAGCACGGCCAGACCCAGCCCGGCGAGCUCUCGGUCGAGGGAUACGGCUGCGACAUCUCAAACGAGCAGGCCGUCCAGGACACGUUCCAGCGCAUCCGCCAAAAGUACGGCCGCAUCGACGUCGUCGUCAACUCGGCGGGCAUCGUCGAAAACUUCCCCGCCACCGAGUACCCGACGGAAAAGAUGCGCAAGCUCUACGACAUCAACGUCCACGGCUCCUACUUUGUCGCCCGCGAGGCCGCCAAGCACAUGCUCGCCGACGGCAUCCGCGGCAGCAUCGUCCUCGUCGCCUCAAUGUCGGCCGCCGUGACAAACAUCCCGCAGCCGCAGGCGCCCUACAACGCCUCCAAGGCCGCCGUGCGCCACAUGGCCGGCUCGUUUGCCGUCGAGUGGGCCAAGGCCGGCAUCCGCGUCAACUCGCUCUCGCCCGGCUACAUGCUCACCUCGCUCACCCGCACCAUCCUCGACAGCAGCCCAACGGGCAAGGAGCUCAAGCAGACCUGGGAGAACCUCACCCCCAUGGGCAGGAUGGGCAACCCAGAGGACCUCAAGGGCGCCAUCAUCUACCUCGCCAGCGACGCCAGCGCCUUCACCACCGGAACCGACCUCCUCGUCGACGGCGGCUACACGGCCGUCUAG